ACUAAUAGAAGAAAUCCCACAUCUCUCCUCUCUCUCUCUCUCUCUCUCUCUCUCUCUGCCCAUACCCAGAUGUCUGGUUUCAAAAAAUCCUCCUUUCCACGCCAAUCCUCUUACAAUUCUCUCUAUGUAAACCCCCUCAAUGAGAUCAAACACAACCGCAGCUGCAGUGAAGGCGGGGCCCUCUCAGACGACAAAGAGAAUGCCACACCAAAUAAGCCCAAGAACUCCAUUAGUGGUGGUGGUAAAGAAAAUGAGGUGCCCAGUAAUGGGUAUUGUAUUGCUGCAGCAGCCAAACAGACCCCUAAUGGGAAGUCUUGUUUAAGGGAUAGGGCAUUGAAGCCAUCUUCUUUGCAGCUAUGUAUGCAGCAAAAUGAUCCUAGUUGGACUUUUGGGUCAAAAAGUUUGGAUCCAAUUGAGUUUGAGACUGCGAAUUCGGGUAAUAUUUGGGAUUAUUCGGAUUCCGAGGCUGCUCCUGCUUCAUCUUGGGCUGCAUUGCCAAACAGGUCUUUGUUGUGUAGACCUUUGCCGGUGGAUAUUGGGAAGUGUACUUGUGUAAUAGUGAAAGAAGCGUCACCAGAAGGGCUAGCUGGGGGCACCCUCUACUCAUUAUAUACAAAUGAAGGUAAAGGACGACAAGAUCGGAAGCUGGCUGUGGCUCAUCACCGCCGGCACAAUGGGAGAUCAGAGUUUGUUGUGGCUCAAAACAUGAAGGGGAUAUUUAGCAGUUUGGAUGAUAGCUUUAUUGGUAUCGUUACUGCUAAUCUUAUGGGUUCAAAAUACCAUGUUUGGGAUCAGGGUAACCCCCAUUCCUCUUCUAAACAGUCUAAAGACUCUAAACCACCAUUGGCGGUUGUGUCAUUCGUGCCUACAAUAGCCACAUGGACAGGAAGUUACAGAAGCAUGAGGGUGUGGAUAUCAAAGCACCAAUCCAUGCUGCUUAAGAGUACAAGUCAGGUACAACAUGUUGCUGGACUACCAAAGGAUUGGGAAGGGAAAGCGAACAAAGUCCAUCAGCUAUUCUCUAGGAUUCCACAUUACAACAACCAGCUUUCAAAACAAUAUGAGUUAGACUAUAGAGACAGAACGCAAGUAGGACUUAGAAUCCAGAGCUCGGUGAAGAAUUUCCAGCUGAUUUUGGAGGAGAAUGGAAAGCAGACAAUCUUACAACUUGGAAGGGUGGCGAAAUCGAAGUAUGUAAUGGAUUACAGAUAUCCUUUGACUGGUUUCCAAGCAUUUUGCAUAUGUUUGGCUUCCAUCGAUUCAAAGCUUUGCUGCGCAUUGUGAUUGUAUUCUGCAGUUGUCAUCAUAGUUCAACCUCUGAACGGGAAGAUAUUUUAUUCCACUACCCACUGAUUCAGCUUAUGUGCUGCGAUUUUGAGCUCAGUUUGUAAGUCUUUUGCUCAGAUGGAAAAUAGUCCUCAAUUUCUGGAAGGACAUCGAGCCGAACUAGUAUCAAGGAGAAUGCUUUUGUUCUAUCUUCUAACUCUAAUCACAAAAGAACUAUUCUACUCGACUUUUCUGGUCUAUAUUAGUUCCAAGUAAUUUGAACCCGAGUUCUAUCCCUUCA